UUACUUUGGUAAGGAGUAGUUGGUGCUCGGAGGAAAUAAUACAUGCGGCGAAAUGGCUAGGCUAGCUGUUAUGUGCUAACGUCAAAUGAACAAGAACAAGAAAAGUCACCUAAAUUGAUGCUUUCUGAAUUUCAGUAUCCUAUCUGAUAGUAGUCAGUAUAUUCAGCGUUGUUUCGGUCCAUAUAUCCGUGCUUAUGGCAGCCUUGGACUUCAGGACCCACGUGGACCAGUCAUGCAGAUAUUCAGAAGAAUUUGUCAACAUAUAUUAUGACUGCAUGGAUAAGAAAAGGAGGAACUUGACCCGGCUCUACUUGGACAAAGCGACCUUGGUGUGGAAUGGGAAUGCGGUGUCAGGACAGGAUGCUCUUGGCGAGUUUUUUGAGUCGCUGCCUUCGAGCGAGUUCCAAGUUCAAACAUUCGAUUGUCAGCCAGUUCACGAGCAGGCCACCCAAGGUCAGACUACUCUGCUUGUGGUGACUGGUGGGACGGUCAAGUUUGAAGGGAACAAACAGCGUUUCUUCAACCAGAACUUUCUUCUGACAGCUCAAGCUUCACCCAACAAUGACCAGCCUGUUUGGAAGAUUGCUAGUGACUGUUUCCGGUUUCAAGACUGGAAUAGCUGAGGCUCUCCUCAUUCCCCCUUUCCCCUCUAAAAUGUGUGAACACUCAGCAGUGAUAAUUUAGAUACCCUUUGUUUAUUUGUUUUUGUAAUAUAAUAAAAAAAAUGGCAUACACAA